AUACAAGCAUGUACGCGAUUGUAUUAGGGGUGGGUGUGCGGGAAAGCCGGUGUGUGCGACGCGCGUCUUUUCACGAAUCGGCGAAGAAGUCCUGCCGAAGAAGGAUGCGUUUGCGCAGGACUCGCCGAUGGAAUUUUGCGCCCUGGAAGCUCCCCGACAUAUAUCCACGGUGGAUGGCAAACUGCCCCGGAUUGUUCAGUUCAGUUCAGUCGUCAUCCGAUCCGACGACGUAAGUUCGAAUCGGUGUGUGCAUCCCGAUUCUAUCACGCCGUAUCAUCACGUCACCGUUAGCAGCAACAGAUUGCCAUGGACAUCGAAGAGUUCCGCGUUCGUGGUAAGGAGAUGGUAGACUACAUCUGCGAGUUCAUGAGCAACAUCCAUACCAGAAGAGUCACGCCGGAUAUUGGUCCCGGCUAUCUCAGACCUCUGCUACCGUCGGGACCACCGAAUGAUCCGGAAUCUUGGGAUGAGAUCAUGAAAGACGUGGAAUCGAAGAUCAUGCCGGGCAUCACGCAUUGGCAGCAUCCAAGGUUCCACGCCUACUUCCCAGCCGGAAAUUCUUUUCCUUCUAUUCUUGGUGAUAUGCUAUCUGACGCGAUCGGCUGCAUUGGAUUUUCUUGGGCGGCCAGCCCGGCCUGCACAGAAUUGGAGACGAUAGUCUGCGAUUGGUUCGGCAAGGCGAUCGGACUGCCUACGGAUUUCUUAUACUUUAGCGAAGGCAGUAAAGGCGGGGGCGUCAUACAGGGUUCAGCAUCGGAAUGCAUUCUCGUGUGCAUGCUGGCCGCUCGGGCACAAGCAAUUGCGAGACUCAAGGAAUCUCCAGCACAUGCACACUUGGACGAGACCGCGCUGCUCGGCAAGCUGAUGGCAUAUUGCAGCCGGGAAAGUCAUAGCUCCGUCGAGAAGGACGCAAUGAUAUGCUUCGUAAAGCUGCGCAUCCUUGAGCCCGACGAGAAAAGCGUACUUCGCGGAGAGACCUUGCGACAGGCAAUCGAAAGUGACACAGCUGAAGGCUACGUUCCCUUUUUCGUCUCAACGACCCUUGGCACAACCGCCUGCUGUUCGUUCGAUAAUCUUAGGGAAAUAGGCCCGGUUUGUAAAAAAUAUCCAGGGAUCUGGCUUCACGUGGAUGCCGCUUACGCCGGAAACGCUUUCAUCUGUCCAGAAUUGAAAUACCUGAUGGCCGGCGUUGAAUACGCCGACUCUUUUAACACCAACACCAACAAGUUCUUACUGACGAACUUCGAUUGCUCCUGCCUCUGGGUUCGCGACAGAUUUAAGCUUACCAGCGCACUCGUCGUGGAUCCACUGUACCUGCAGCAUACACACGCGGACACGGCUAUAGAUUACCGGCAUUGGAGUAUAGCGCUGAGCAGGCGAUUUCGUUCGUUAAAACUGUGGUUCGUACUGAGGAGUCACGGGAUAUCCGGGCUGCAAGCUUAUAUCCGAAAUCACGUGAAACUCGCUAAGAGAUUCGAGGCACUCGUUAGGAAGGAUUCUAGAUUCGAAGUUUGCAAUGACGUAGUGCUGGGCUUGGUGUGCUUUCGCGCUAUAGGCAGCGAUCAAUUUAAUCAGAAAUUAUUGAGCGCUAUUAACGACUCAGGAAAGAUACAUAUGAUCCCGGCGCGAGUAAAUCAACGUUAUACAAUACGUUUCGCGCUUGCCGCACCCAAUGCAACUGCCAGAGAUGUUGACAUGGCAUGGAGCAUUAUAACGGACUAUCUAAGCGAAUUAUUGGAAUUCAACGACGAGCUGGAGGACAUCCGUAUAAAGAAGAGGAAGGCCACCUUGGCGCAGAGAAGAUCUUUCUUCGUGCGCAUGGUGUCUGAUCCUGCGAUUCAGCCAGGAUUCACGAAAACUCCGAACAGGACAGGAGCCAAACUCGACACGCAGGCAACCAUCGGUGGUAUCGGAUCGAAUCCUCAAUCCGGAGUGAAAUCCUGGAUAUCCUGGCCGCUUGCUUAUCUCAUGCAGGCGAAAGAAGCUGCUGAUACAAGUGAAUUAUCGCUCAGAUUUCGCCACUUGGACACCAUGGUGCGCCUAAAGACUGGUGGUACCGGAAGUCGCCGCGGUAGCAGUAACGGAUGCAGCCCCGAACCGUCCCCGUCCGCUUCGCCCUCGCGAGGCAGAUCGCCCAAUGGCCGCGCGUAAUCGCAUUACAUCGAUCCUUUCUUUCUUCAUGCAGUCUUUUCGAGGAGUCCUCCAAGCGCAUGACAAUCGCAACGGAUGACUCUUCGUGCUCCGAAACCCCGUUACGUGCUCCAAGAAGAUAGACGGAAAGAAAAUCCACUAGCUACAACUUUACAUCGGGAACCGAUACUGCCGACAAUCUCGAUUAUUAAAGCCCACCUUAGACCACAUAUAUAAUUUGGGACAGAGAGAUCAUUCUUUAUAUUUAUAUAUCUGUCACAGAGAAAACGAUUUCUUUGGACUUAAUAAAUUUUAUUGUAUCCAAGCACAUUUAUUUGGAAUGCGGUCCAAACAAACCAAUGUUUGAAUCAAUAAGUACGACUAAUAAUAGUGUUAUUUUCCUCAAAUAAUAGAUGUUGUUUGAAUGAAACAACUUUCAGUCGAAUAAAUGGGAAUACUAAUUCCAAUGAAAUCUUUUUCUCUGUGUAAUGUCUGAUAAUUUCAUGUGUCAAAUUGUAAAUAUAAUUAUGGGUAAGAGAAAAAUCUCAUGUUGAAUCUUGAUUAAAAUUACAUAAGCACAUAUUGAAUCUUGCAAAAAUUAUUUAGGUCUUUAUAUUGAGCGUAUUAUAUGUUCUCGGUGCCGAAAUAUUGCUAUCGUAAAAUAAGUGAAACAAUUAAGCUUGAAAUCGUGAAUUAUUAUUAAGUUUGUCAGCUUAAUUUAUACAUACUUGGCGCGCAUUUUCUGUCCGUAAGAAUUAACACGCUCCAAUUUUAUUAGCAAUGACUCCGAUUCUCUAUAUAUAGAUAUCCUCUAUAUUAUUGUAUAGGAUGUACAGAAUAAUAUAUGUAAAAUUUCGCUCCAAAUUCUGUCGCGAAUUACAGAUCGUCUAAAAUGGGCUUGAACGGAGAACGAGCUUUGCAUUAAAUUGCUCACCAAGGGAUAGAACCGAUGAGAUGUCGCCGAAAUUGCCCCGUGAUACGUUUCACUCGACAAAGAAAUUAAAUGUUUCAGUCUCAAC